GUCUGUGUAGUUAGGACAAGCGUUCAGAUCAGUUGUGGAUAGACAGAGUAUACCAACCUGCAAAUAAAGAAAGAAAGAAAGAAAUGGAUAGCAAAGGAAUAUAACGAUACGAACUAACUAGAAGAAUUUGAGCAGACAGACGAAAAAGGAAGCAUUUAAAAAAAAAAAAUUAAUUUGUGUUGUAAAGCUGUGUCUUGUUCUCUACUCUGUGCAUGUUUACGCUGGAGAAGUGCAUUGGUGCUUUUAACCGGACAGACGCGGUGUAGUUUCCUAGCGGAGCGACAAGACAACACCGGAGGCAUGAUUUUGAGACUGGGCUCGGUUGUUGACGUUGCUGUUUUUUGCUUCCAUGCGUUAUUGUUGUGGUUUUAUGCAAAGGUGGCCGAGGGAACAGGACAAUUCGAGUUGGAAAUCUUAUCUAUGAACAACCGGAACGGAGAGCUUCUUAACGGGCAGUGUUGUGACGGUUCACGGAUCGCCGGGGAUCGGAAAUGCAGGAUGGAUGAGUGUGAUACGUAUUUUAAAGUGUGUUUGAAGGAAUACCAGUCGCGGGUCUCGGCUGCGGGUCCUUGCAGCUUCGGGUCCGGGUCUACGCCUGUCCUGGGAGGGAAUGGAUUUUCUUUGAAGAGCUCUAAGAAGAAUGAAAGAUCCAGGAUAGUUUUGCCGUUCAGUUUCGCCUGGCCAAGGUCAUACACGUUGAUAGUGGAAGCCUUGGACGCUAAUAACGACACAAGUGGCGGUGAUGGUCAGGUGAUUGAGAAGGCGUCCCACUCUGGGAUGAUCAACCCCAGCCAUCAGUGGCAGAAGCUCAGCCACAACGGUCCUAUUGGUCAGUUUGAGUAUCAGAUCCGGGUCAGCUGUGACGAGCACUACUAUGGCUUCGGAUGCAACAAGUUCUGCCGACCCCGAGACGAGUUCUUCGGACACUACACCUGCGACUACAACGGGAAUAAGACCUGUCUGGAAGGCUGGUCUGGACUAGAAUGUAACACACCUAUCUGCCGGCAGGGCUGCAGUACAGAACAUGGACACUGCAAAGAGCCUGAUGACUGCAAGUGUCUGUAUGGCUGGCAGGGGCAGUACUGUGAUCAGUGUAUUCCUCAUCCUGGCUGUGUCCAGGGGACCUGUGUUGAACCAUGGCAGUGUCUGUGUGAUAUCCACUGGGGAGGACAUCUCUGUGACAAAGAUCUGAACUUCUGUGGGACCAAACAGCCCUGUCUGAAUGGAGGAACCUGCAGCAACACAGGACCUGACAAAUACCAGUGUUCCUGCGUUGAGGGCUACUCUGGAGUCACCUGUCAGAGGGCAGAGCAUGCGUGUCUGUCCAACCCCUGUUCUAAUGGAGGGAGCUGUGUAGAGGACACUCAGGGUUAUGGGUGUGUAUGUGGAGCGGGCUGGAGCGGACCCUCCUGUAAUAUCAAUGUUGAUGAGUGCUCUCCUAACCCCUGUAAUCAUGGUGGGACCUGCCAGGACCUGGUUCAUGGUUAUAAGUGUCACUGUCCGCCUCAGUGGACCGGCAAGACCUGUCGCAUAGAUGCCAACGAAUGCGACAGCAAGCCCUGUGUCAACGCCAACUCCUGCCGCAACCUGAUUGGUGGAUACUUCUGCGAGUGUGUCGCUGGUUGGACGGGGCUGAACUGUGACAUCAAUCUCAAUGACUGCAAGGACCAGUGCCGACACGGUGGAACCUGCAGGGACUUGGUGAACGGGUACCGCUGUGUGUGUCCUGCGGGUUACUCUGGAGACCACUGUGAGAGAGAUGUGGAUGAAUGUGCUGGCUCUCCCUGUCUGAACGGCGGGCGAUGCCAAGACCAGGUCAACGGAUUCACCUGCCUCUGUCCGGCCGGGUUCUCUGGACAUUUCUGCCAAUUGGACAUAGACUACUGCUUCACCAACCCCUGUCAGAACGGUGCGCUGUGCUUCAACGUGGCUAAAGACUACUACUGUGGCUGUUCAGAAGACUACGAGGGAAAAAACUGCUCUCACCUCAAAGACCACUGUCACACCACCACGUGCAAAGUGAUUGACAGCUGCACGGUUGCCGUGGGAACCAACAGUACCCCUGGAGGGGAACGGUACAUGUCCUCGAACGUGUGCGGUCCUCGCGGACGCUGCCGGAGCCAGGCUGGAGGGCAGUUCAGCUGUGACUGUCAGGAGGGCUUCAGAGGCACAUACUGUCACGAGAAUAUUAAUGAUUGUGAGAGCAACCCGUGUGGUAAUGGAGGAACCUGUAUUGAUAAAGUCCGGGUAUACCAGUGUAUCUGUGGAGACGGCUGGGAGGACCACUGUGAGAUCAAUAUAGAUGACUGCAGCACUAGUCCAUGUCAUAAUGGAGGAACAUGUCGAGACCUGGUGACUGAUUUCUUCUGUGAGUGUAUGAACGGCUGGAAGGGGAAGACCUGCCAAUCCCGUGAGAGCCAGUGUGACGAGGCUACCUGUAACAACGGAGGAACAUGUCAUGAUGAGGGCGACAUCUUCCAGUGCAGGUGUUCCCCUGGAUGGGAGGGGCUACCUGCUACCUGUAAUAUAGCUAAGAACAGCAGCUGUCUCCCUAACCCCUGUGAGUACGGGGGAACCUGUGUUACCAGCGGGGACUCCUUUACCUGCGUCUGCAAGGAGGGCUGGGAAGGAGACACCUGUAAACAGAAUACCAACGACUGUAAUCCCCAACCGUGUUAUAACAGUGGGACCUGUGUGGAUGGUGAUAACUGGUAUCGCUGUGAGUGCACUCCAGGGUUCGCUGGACCAGACUGCAGGAUCAAUAUCAACGAAUGCCAGUCCUCGCCAUGUGCCUUUGGUGCUACCUGUGUUGAUGAAAUCAAUGGCUUCCACUGCCUGUGUCCCCAAGACCGAUCAGGACCACGUUGUCAGGACGUGACAGGGAGACCGUGCUCAGGGAACAGUCGUGUCACCCCUGAUUUAGCCCAGUGGGAUGAUGACUGCAACACCUGCCAGUGCUUUAAUGGGAAGAUUACCUGUACUAGAAUGUGGUGUGGUCUUAGGUCCUGCCGAGUCAGCGGUGGGGUUAAAGGUCACGGUAACGGAGGAGGUGGGGCCGGGUGUCUGUCUGGUCAGAGCUGUGUACCAAUCAGGGAGGAGCAGUGUUUCAUCCGGCCGUGUCUGGGUCAGGGGGAGUGCCACCCCUCCUCCCCACCGCCCAACAAAUGCCACCCAAGCUCCGGUUACCAUGACGACGGCUGUGCCAACGUAACACUUAUGUUCACCAAAGAGACCAUGCCCAAGGGUCUGAGUGUUGAGGCAGUGUGUAAGCAGCUGAGACAACUGUACGUGGUCAAGAAUGUGUCCUCUGAGUAUUCUGUUUCCAUAACCUGUGACCCUUCCACCUCCGCCAGCAACGAGAUCCAUCUCAGCAUCUACACGGUGGACCAGUGGAUGGACAGAUCACCUAUAAAGGAGAUAACAGAGAGGAUCAUCGAUCUGGUGUCUAAACGCCAUGGCAACAACAGCAUCAUCACCGCCAUUGCUGAGGUCAGAGUGCAGCGGACGCCGAGCGCUAGCCGGACCGACUACUUGGUCCCCCUCCUCUCUUCAGUCUUCAUCGUCUUGUGGAUCCUGGUGCUGGUCUCCGUCUUCCUGUACUGCGUGCGUCGCCGGCGGAAACAUGGCAACGGAGCCUCGUCGCCCGCGGCGACAGAUGACAACACCACCAACAACGUCCGCGAGCAGCUCAACCAGAUCAAGAAUCCCAUCAACGUGAAACACUGCCUCGGCGGCCAUCUUGCGACGUCGGUGGUCAUCAAAGACUACGAGGAUAAAAACUCGAUCGUCGCCAAGGUACGAACACACCACCGCCCCGAGGGGGAGGAGGACGACGAUAAAGAGAGACAGCUGGGGAAUAAAGGACGCUUUGUGGUCACAGCCAAACAGCCUGUCUACACACUGGUGGAGCGGGAGGCCAAGGGGCCCAACGACGGGGACGUCAGGACCGCGCUGCAGCCCAGCUCCAAACACCCUAACUGGACUAAUAAACAGGACAACAGGGUCCUGGAGACAGCACACAGCAUCAACAGGAUGGACUACAUCGUAUAGCAGGAAAUGAUAUAGCGGGAGGCAGGAAGUAGCAUGUAAACCCUGUGUAAAGAAUUCCCCCUUCCUGGACGUUAUGGUGGUCCUUCUGAUAGGCUGUUUUGACGCUGUGUUUUCGCUGUGUUGACGUGCAACCAUUGACCUUUAGUGAAGAGGACCAAGGGGGGAGGAGUGUUCUGGGAUUUGUAGUUCUUAAACUGUUGCAUCAUUAUUCUGUGACUACAAGGUUUUGUUGUUUGGAUGAAUGAAUCCAUGGCUGUAUCAGAUGUGGUACCCUAUUCCCUAUGUAGUGCACUACUUUUGACCAGGGCCCUAUGGGUUUAAUACACAAUGUAGGGAAUAGUGCGCCAUUUGGGACAUUUCCCCUGACUGUUCAUUUAAGUUUGGACUAGCUGGCUACACUGGCAGAGAAGGUUGACGUGGUUGGCUGGAGAACAAGGUUGUUUUCACAUUUCAACAUUUCAUUGCAACACUUAUUACCUAUUAAGUGCACUACUUUUGACCAGCGCCCAUAGUGCUCCCAUAGGGCUCCCAUAGACCUCCCAUAGACCUCCCAUAGUGCUCCCAUAGUGCUCCCAUAAUGCUCCCAUAGUGCUCCCAUAAUGCUCCCAUAGUGCUCCCAUAAUGCUCCCAUAGUGCUCCCAUAAUGCUCCCAUAGUCCUCCCAUUGUGCUCCCAUAAUGCUCCCAUAAUGCUCCCAUAGUGCUCCCAUUGUGCUCCCAUUGUGCUCCCAUAGUGCUCCCCUAGUGCUCCCCUAGUGCUCCUAUAGUGCUCCCAUAGUGCUCCCAUAGACCUCCCAUAGUGCUCCCAUAGUGCUCCCAUAGUGCACCCAUAGUGCCCCCAUAGUGCUCCCAUAGUGCUCCCAUAGUGCUCCCAUUGACCUCCCAUAGUGCUCCCAUUGUGCUCCCAUAAUGCUCCCAUAGUGCUCCCAUAGUGCUCCCAUAGGUCUCCCAUUGUGCUGCAAUAGGGCUCCCAUAGACCUCCCAUAGUGCUCCCAUAAUACUCCCAUAGUGCUCCCAUAGUGCUCCCAUAGUGCUCCCAUAAUACUCCCAUAGUGCCCCCAUAGUGCUCCCAUAGUGCUCCCAUAGGGCUCCCCUAGUUCUCCCAUAGGGCUCCUAUAGUUCUCCCAUAGACCUCCCAUAGUGCUCCCAUAAUGCUCCCAUAGUGCCCCCAUAGUGCUCCCAUAGUGCUCCCAUAGAGCUCCCAUAGUGCUCCCAUAGACCUCCCAUAGUGCUCCCAUAGUGCUCCCAUAAUGCUCCCAUAGUGCCCCCAUAGUGCUCCCAUAGUGUUCCCAUUGUGCUCCCAUAGUGCUCCCAUAGUGUUCCCAUAGUGCUCCCAUAAUGCUCCCAUAGUGCUCCCAUAGGGCUCCCAUUGUGCUGCAAUAGGGCUCCCAUAGGGCUCCCAUAGACCUCCCAUAGUGCUCCCAUAAUGCUCCCAUAGUGCUCCCAUUGUGCUCCCAUAGGGCUCCCAUAGGGCUCCCAUAGUGCUCCCAUAGUUCUCCCAUAAUUCUCCCAUAGUUCUCCCAUAGUGCUCCCAUAUAGCUCCCAUAAUGCUCCCAUAAUGCUCCCAUAAUUCUCCCAUAUAGCUCCCAUAAUGCUCCCAUAAUGCUCCCAUAGUGCUCCUAUAGUGCUCCCAUAGUGCUCCCAUAGUUCUCCCAUAAUUCUCCCAUAAUUCUCCCAUAAUGCUCCCAUAAUUCUCCCAUAAAGCUCCCAUAAUGCUCCCAUAAUGCUCCCCUAGUGCUCCCAUAGUGCUCCCAUAGUGCUCCCAUAAUGCUCCCAUAAUGCUCCCAUAAUGCUCCCAUAGUGCUCCCAUAAUGCUCCCAUAGUUCUCCCAUUGUGCUCCCAUAAUUCUCCCAUAGUGCUCCCAUAAUGCUCCCAUAUAGCUCCCAUAUAGCUCCCAUAGUGCUCUCAUAAUGCUCCCAUAAUGCUCCCAUAUAGCUCCCAUAGUGCUCUCAUAAUGCUCCCAUAAUGCUCUCAUAAUGCUCCCAUAAUGCUCCCAUAAUGCUCCCAUAGGGCUCCCAUAGUGCUCCCAUAGUUCUCCCAUAAUUCUCCCAUAGUGCUCCCAUAAUUCUCCCAUAAUUCUCCCAUAGUGCUCCCAUAUAGCUCCCAUAAUGCUCCCAUAAUGCUCCCAUAGGGCUCCUGGGUUUUCUGCAUAGUCACUGUCCAGUUAGUGGAUGUUGUUGGAAGGCCUCCCUUUCCUCUUGGGGUUUCUGCAAAGUCAUUGCAAAAUAGUCUAAAGAAUAAAACAUUUAAGUUAGCGGGAUAGCACAGUAUAUUUUUGUAUUUGUGAGUUUUCCAUCUCUUGGUUUCCAACUAGUUCUGUCUUUGUGAAAGUGUAUUUUUAUGUUCAUACUGCAUCAACCAUACAAAUCCAGCUUUAUUUAAAUUGAUGAUUAUUUUUGUUUGUUUGUUUGUGGCGGGGCCGGGGGCGAUACCAUGCUGGCACGAUGAAGAAUUUCCCUGUCAAUUUAGAACGUGUAGAUAUGUACAUGUAUUAAUCAUUGUGUAUAUUUGAAUUAUUAACUUAAUAAUAAUCAAGAGCCUAAAGAUAUCUUUUCCUUUUUUAUUUAUAUGUUCUGUGUCUAGAUUUUGAAGGAUUCGGUAGCUUUGUACGUUUUCAUUUCAUUUUGAUUGACAUUUUUAUUUCAUGAAACGUCAGAGGGAGAAGAAAAUAAGGACGUUCGUAAAGAAAAAGUAAUACAUUUUUUUUUUAAUGAUUUCAGAUGUUUUCAAAUAUCCAUUUUUCCAAGACUUUGCAGGAGACGAAGAAAUUAAAACCAAACUGGUUGCUUUCUUAAAAAAUCUAAACGAUAGUGGCAGACAUAUUGUUUGUCAUGAAAACACAAAAAGCCUUUAGUAGCAUAUAACUCACAAUCCCAUAAAUGAUCAAAGCACAUAAAAACAGUAUCAACUAGUAAUCACAUAAUCCGAGCACAAAAACAGUUUAUCACAUAGUCACAUUCUCAGAAAGCAAUAUCUGACAACUUUAGGGGAGAGUGGGGUGUAAAUUGAGCCAUUUUUUUAAAUUUACAUUCAUCAUCACUCCGUCAAGGAAAUAUAGUAUUCUUUCUAACAAAGAUAUCUAUCUAUCUAUCUAUCUAUAUAUAUAUAUAUAUAUAUAUAUAUAUAUCAGGAUGUUGUGUAUCCCUGGAAAUAAUCAGAAUUCAUGUAAACAUUACAGUUUUGAAAAGAUGGCUUGUUUAAAAAGAAGGAAAACAUUUGUACUAUAUUAGCUCAUGCAGCUACAAGGAUGCACUUUCCUUCUAGGUUCAGGACCUCAUAUUGAGGCUGAAAGAGACCCCAGCUGACAUAUAAAACGAUCUUUAAAUCUACUUUGGUUGAGAUACAAGUGUCAUGAAAUUAAUUUGACUCGGGAGUUGGGGAAAUGUGUUUAUUGAACCUAAUUUGUUCCAUGAAAUGAGGACCUCUUCAUAAAUAUUUGCUCAACUGAUACGUCUUCUGUAUUGUUUUCCUAGAAAGAAGGGUGGCUCAACUUACCCUACUCUCCCCUAUGGCAAAUCGCACGACAAUCACGCCUCAAUGUCUACUGGAACAGUAGGGAGGGUCAAUAGUCUAGCCCGAGUCCCAGAUCUGUUUGUGCUGUCUUGUCAAGUCCAUUGCUAUGACUGCUGUCACUGUUAACACAUGUUGGGAAGACUGCACAAACAGAUCUGUGACUCGGGCUAGAGUAGCGUUUCUCAAACUUAGUCCCUGUGGGGACCACAAGAGGUGCAUGUUUUAGGGUUUUUUGCUCUUAGCACGACACAUCCGAUUCAAAACUCAUCGAGCUUUGAUUAUUAGAAAGAUGCCCCUCUUGGAGCUGCGCUGGGGAAAGGCUGGUCGAGGGUGUCAAUCACGGAAACACGCAUUUCCUUCUCUCUGUACUCGGCGCUAUUCUUAAACUAUUGAAAUGCUCUUUAAAAUAUGUUUUUAUAUCUCAGAUGUUAGUACUUUAUGAGAUCAUGGAAACAUUCAUUUAGUGUUUUUUUUUCCUCUCUUGUGUUAUGGAUUAGGGUUAGGGUUAGGGGGUAGGGGUAGGGGUUAACCCCCUUGUGUUAUGGAUUAUAGAUUGCAACAUCAUCAACACAAAUACAAUCUUUUUAGGGGGUUUUGUUCUUUUGAAAAAAUGUCAAUAUUUAUUAAAUAUUUUGUAUGUAAAGAGAUAAUAAAACAGUCCCUGUUCUGGA